AGAGGUGGAAAAGAAUUAAAUUCGCUGUUGGAAACGAAAAUGUAUUUAAAAUAAAAUAUAAUAAUGUUAAAGACCGAGAAGGCGUGAUUCCGAGGUGACAGUGCAUGUAAUGUAGCCUAAUAACGGCAUCAGUGAAAAGUCUCUGUACGUCCUAAGAGUGGGGCAAAUAGCUGUCUUCCAGAAGACCAUGUGACCUCUCCUCCUGCGCAGCGCGAGCUCAGCACAGCUGCACGCCAGUGUUUACAAGUCACCACCAUGCCUUGCGCUUUGCUGAACCUCUGCGAAUACGACACGCAAAAACUCGUCAAAAUCAAGAGCGUCAGACUUGGGUCGCUGAAAUGGACAUUCAACGGGUUGAUCUUGAUGUUCAUUUGUUUCAUGAUGUUAUGGAACAAGGAGUAUCAAGAGUAUGAUCUGGUGGUGAGUUCUGUUACCACGAAGGUCAAAGGAGUGGCAAAGAUAACUGUAACAGACAUCGGAGAAGUCGUGUGGGAUGUGGUGGACUACAGCGGGCCAUAUCUGGGAAGAAACUCCUUUUUUGUGGCGACAAAUGUCAUUGUGACAAAGAACCAAAAACAAGGUAAUUGCCCUGAGGUUCUGCCGCAUGGGAAACAGUGUCGAACAGAUAAAGACUGCGAGAAAGGGUUUUCUGACCAGUAUAGCCACGGUGUUCAAACAGGUGCCUGCGUGAAGUUAGAUGUACUAAGGAAAACAUGUGAAGUUACAACUUGGUGCCCCAUUGAGAACAAGAAGACUCCCAGAUCUCCUCUUUUGGCAUCAGCAGAAAAUUUCACUGUGAUGAUCAAGAAUAACAUCAGAUUUCCAGCCUUUAAUUACAUAAGAAGAAACAUCCUGCCUGGAAAGAAAGACUCUGACCUUAAAGGUUGCAUUUAUAACCGCGUCAAAAAUCCAUACUGCCCCAUUUUCCGUUUGGGAGACAUUGUGAAUGAGGCCAAGGAGAAGUUUUCAGACAUGGCAGUGGAGGGUGGUGUAAUUGGGAUCCAGAUCAACUGGGACUGUGACCUGAACUACAUUUUUCACAGCUGUCUGCCAAAAUACUCAUUCCGUCGCUUGGACGAAAAAGAAAGCAACCGAACCUUGUACCCUGGUCUCAAUUUCAGGUUUGCGAGAUACUCUACAGUGAAUGGUGUGGAGCAGAGAACUCUCUUUAAAAUGUAUGGGAUUAGGUUUGACGUGAUGGUGUUUGGGAAGGCUGGAAAGUUCAGCAUCAUUCAGCUAAUCAUCUACAUUGGAUCUACGCUCUCGUAUUACGCUAUUACGACAAUAAUCCUGGACUGGCUUAUCGGGACCGGCUGUUACUCCAAAGAGGCAAAACAGAACUACACUGAGAGGAAGUUUGAGGCUGUACAGGACAGAGAAGAGUGCUUCCUUUGUGUGUCAUAUGUGGAUGAGGACCUGUUGAGGGUGGUCAAAAGAUCCAGAAAGAAAGGACUACAGGCAUCUAAACCUCUUUCCUUACACCAGCCCAAAAAUGAUUUGGCGAGCAUGAAGACUCUGAUGAGUGUUCUGCAGUGUGUUAAAAGCAGAAGUGAGCCUUUACAGAAUGGCCAGAGUGGCAGGCUAAACGUGGAAGAGAACCUUCCCAGAAGUCACAGCAGCAGACAAAGCACUGACACACCGUUGCUGGAGAUGCCAGAGUCUGGGAGUCCGGCCUGGUGUCAGUGCGGCUGCUGCCGGCCUUCCGACUCCUUACAGGAACAGCUGUGCUGUCGGUCCAAGAAAGGACGCUGCAUAACCUCCUCCCCGCUCUUUUCGACACUGGUCGUCAAUCGCUCUGUCCUGGAGACAGCUUUGUUCUAUGUGGAUCCCCUAGCGGAGCUGCGUGAGGAGGCUCAGCUGCGCCAUGGGGCCUAUGCUCAAUUCAUUAGAUGGCGCUUUGGCGACAGCACGCCUAGAGAUGCUAUUCCAGUAAUACCGAGUUGCUGUAUCUGGAGGAUAAGAGCAGAAUACUCCAGCCCUGAUGGGAAAUACAGUGGCCUUAGCCUCUUUCAGGCCGUACCGUCUCAGACAGACUUCAAUAGAUAAGACUUUAUAGGUUUAUGAUUACACAUUCAAAUCAAAAUGACAAUGCCUAAAUGGUAAUGAUAUAAACCAGUCAAUAACAAGGAAUAUGAGUCAUUUUUACUAUUUUAACUAGCAAAUCAACCAAUUUGAGUCAUAUUAACAACAAAUAUGCUGUCAGUAUAUUUUAAUUAACACAGAUGCCUUUGAACUUAAAAAAAAGCAAAAAAGCGAAGAACCUGAUUUACUGAUCAUUUAAAGUGUAAUUAAACACUGAUACACUCAUAAACUGUAAUAAAAGAAAAAUUUGAUCAAAUUAAAAUGGAAUUGAUAAGCUAACAUCAGCUAAGGAAUUCUUAUAUAAAUAAAUAAAUAUAUAAAUAAGAAUAAAUAUAUUAUAUUUAAAAUGUAUAGUAGAGUUAAUGUAUAUUAACAGUAUUUUUGAUUAAAUAAAUGCAGCAAACAAGCUCGUCAGCCCC